AUGACAUUCCUUAAAAGUUGGGCAGCCACUGCUCGUUUAGCACCUGACAAACAAAUCGUGUAUCCAACUUUUGAUUCAGCGGCUAUUUUCCUAGCCCUACCACCAGGAGUUCUAGUAUCAUCACUUGAGUCAGAUGAUUCCCUCCAAGGAGAAAACGUUGUUACGAAACGGUUUCUAUUUAGUGCUUCUAAGAUCACUGCCUUUCGUGCAAGGAUUGCUACUGAAUCAAGAAGUAGCAACAUUUUAUCAAAAUAUCCGACUCGUACUGAAGCAGUAUCGGCUUUGGUGUGGAAGUCGUUCAUGGAGACAAGUAGAGUGCAAGUAAGCCAUGAAUUCGCCUCAUCAACGGCAGGAGAAAAACCCAUCAUAAGGUCUAAAGAAAACUUUGCUGUAGAUCUGCGAACAAGGUUAAAUCCACCAUUGCCUCAACCAUCAUUCGGCAAUAUUAUGAUGUAUGCAACAUCAGAGUCAUCGGUAAUUGACCAUGAUGAGAAUACUCUGGGGUUCGCGGAACCGUUAUAUGGUUUGGUAAGCCAGCUGAGGUUAGCGGUAAGUAAGAUCAACGACAAAUACAUACGAAAAUUACAAGUAGGUGAUGUUAAGUUCUUAAAAUCACUUGAUGAAGCCUCUCAUCAUUCAAAUGGUGAUGAAAAUGCUGAUGAGAAGGUUCAUAUCUGUUCGAUAAGCAACAUAGGUAGACUUCCGAUUUAUGAGAUUAAUUUUGGUUGGGGAAAACCAUCAUGGGUGGCCUUAAAUACAUUUAAAGAAUACAAGAAUUCUCUUUUUCUGGUGGACGCAAAAUCUGGCAUUGGUAUAGAAGCAUGGAUGACUUUAGAAGAGGAAGACAUGGCCAUAUUUGUAGAAGAUCAAGAUAUUGUCAAGUAUGCUACAUUUUACACAUCAGACCCAGUUACUGGAUUUACAGAUUAUCCAUUUAUCGUUCAGGGAAACAUUGAGAAAGAACCGUUGUCGCGUCUCUGA